AUGUCGAAAGAAGAGGGGACCGAGUCAAAUGCGUCCUCCCGAGAAUCCACCCCGGCCUCCGACGCCCAACCAAAUACUUCCAAGUCCAGCUCGGCGAGGAAAGCGAACAAGGUAUCGAAGCCACGCUUGACAGCGUCUCAGAAGAAUUUCAACCACAAAGACGCUGAAAACAAGCGACGCACCGCCAUCCGUGAGCGUUUUACAGAACUCUCUCAUCUCGUCCCGGGAGCUCUCGGGCAUGAGAGAAGCGAGCAAGUCAUGCUGGGGAAAACCACUGAAUUUUUGAGAAACAUCAUCCUGGAACAACGUAGGCUCGAAGAACUGGCUCAAAAGCAAGGCCUCACAAUCGAUGACAGCGAGCGGCUCAGGGAAGAUGAUUUUGGUGGACCUAAGUGGAGGGCGAAGAACAUGGAGCAGUAUGAGGCCGGUAAGCAGAAGAAAGAAACUGGCGACUCCCAACAGGCAGGCUAUCAAGGGGAAGAUGAGAAUGAUUAG